AGAGUAGCAUUGAAAAAAAUCAAUGCAGCAUCGGCAUGCUGCAUUUAAUUUUAGCAAUGCGGCAUCGUUUCUGAAGUGAAAAAUCGGUAUUGCAUGGCAUUGAUGCGCAUCGAUGCCAAUUUGGCAUCGCCCGAGCACCGGUGCCCAUCGAUCUUUGGCGAUGCCAGUGACACAGGGCAUGGCAUGCGCAUCGCCGAUGCCAAUCAUUUUUUUUGCGAUGCCGCAUCGAAUUUUUUUUUGUAGGGUUCCCACAUACCCAUUGGCAGUACUGGAGUCAAACAUGUAUAAGUAAUGUCGAUUAUUGACGAAUCAGCUUUUUUCUAAAAAAAGGGACUAAAAUAAAGAAAAAACAAUGAGCGUUGAAUGGAAAUAGCUAUCGAGAGUUGCUAAACAAGAAGUGAAUGAAGUAUAUUCUGUAAUGUAGAGUAGAAGCCAACUUAUUCCCCCUCUCCCCCCCCCCCAAUACAAUAAUUAUUGUUAAAUUAUUUAGUCCGUCAGUAGCAAAAAGCUUAUUAACAAUGUUUUUAAUAAGAAUUUUGAACAGAGUAUCAACUAAGCAUGCACGAAUCCGAUAGUUCGGUCACCAAACUUGGUCGGACUGAUAACUUGAUGCGACCGAACGUAUUUGGACGAAGACUGCAAAUACGAUAGUUUAUAUUUUUCUCAGCGGAGAUAUCGGCGACAAAGUAAAUCAAUCUGCUGCAGAGACCACAUUAGCAAAAGUAUACUUUAGUUAGAGAAUAAAUAAAAUAUACUGGAAACUAAAGGUACUUCGAACUUACUGUAAUACAACAAAUAUAAAGUUGCUGCUCUGAUUCAAACUUUUCUUUACAUGACUAUGUAUGGCUACAGCUUAAUCAUGGCUGUUUCUUCGUUUGAUAUAAUCUUCUUAUCAGAAAACAUUUGGACACAUUUCUUACCAUUUCUUUACUGAAAACCGUCCUAGUAAUGAGUCUAUCUCUAUUUCUAUGCAAGUCAAGUAGGAAUCGAUGAAUCUAGGUCAGACGUGCUCGAUUACAAUUACAAAAUAUAAAGUUCAAACAUUGCUAUUACCUGUAGAAUUAAGAAUUUUAGAAUUCUGAACUUUACAUGUAUGUAAAGUUCAACUUUACUUGUUCAGAAUUCUAAAAUUCUUAAUUCUAGGGGUGAGUGUGAGGGUGAGCGUGAAUAUGCAACUUUACAUGUAUGUAAAGUUCAGAAUUCUUAAUUCUACAGAUAAUGGCAAUGUAUGAACUUUACAUUUUGUAAUUGUAAUCGCGCAGCCCUCAUCUAGGUAGAAAAAAAGUGGUUGCUUCCUACUAGCCGUCAAAAAUAGCCGUCAAUUGACGGCUAGCAGGAAUUUUGAGUAGUGAAACUCAAAAACGCUUCUUAAGUGUAGAAAAACUGGUUUGUUUCGUAGUCAUUCUGAGUAUCAAAAGGCGGUGUUCUUUCUUAGAGAAUGCACUAAUCUCAGCAGUUUUCUGAUGUUUAGGCUCAAUUAAACAUGUUAAUUGUGUGGAAAUCUCAUAAUAAAGUUCCGCAGAAGUGAGAACUUCCGGAACAUGAUGCAAUGAACGAAAAUCAUUUACGCUCGGUUAUACAUCAAAAUUUUCAUUCAUUUCUCACUUCUCACUCCUUUCAAAAUUGCUGUUCGAACAUAUCAGCUCCGUUCGAAAGAACUUUUCAACAGUUCCUAUGACAGGAGUUGAUAUGGAACUGUCAUACCUCUAUAAAUCACAGUGUCCUAAUCAAAAGGACAUGCUUAUCUAUCCAGAAUUAAUCUAUUCGUCACGGUUUUAACUGAGUGUUUUUUCACUGACUGUGUUUGUUCACAGUCAGUCGAAGAAGAUUGAAAACAUAUUUUCAAGCUCUUUGCCUUCUUGAAUGAAUAUGUAUUAUCUGUUGUGAUUUAUUCUAGAUGCUACAUUUUAUGCUGACUCAUGCUCGUUUUGUCUUAUUUGUUUAUUGUUUACAUUUAUUCGCUUAUCUCCUGUUUAUGCAAGGUUUAUUUCCAUCAACAAAUAAAAUUCAAACGAUAGCUAAUCAGUCUUGUUGGGGUAUUAUGUGUCUCGUUGAUGACAGUUCAACACCACCCCCACUAUUUGAACGUUUAAUUUUGGUCGUUAUCGAUGCAUUAAGAGAAGAUUAUGUAUUCAAUUCAUCCAUUUCACAUUUAAAAUAUGUUCAUCAUUUAUUGAAACAGAAACAACAUGCCAUAGGGUUUAAAAUCAAAACACAAACACCCACUGUUACACUACCAAGAUUAAAAGCUCUUAUAUCAGGUACAAUACCUGGUUUUUGGGAUAUAUUAUAUAAUUAUAAUUCAACGGCGAUCGAUACCGAUAAUUUUCUUCUGCAAUAUCGUCGAAAAUAUCCUGAGAAGAAAAUCGUUUUUUAUGGUGAUGAUACAUGGUUAAAAUUGUUUCCAAACAUGUUUGAUCGUCAGGAAGGAACAACAUCUUUUUUUGUAUCCGAUUUUAGAGAGGUUGAUGAAAAUGUGACACGUCAUUUAGAAUUUGAAUUUGAAAACAAUCGUAACGAUUGGUCUAUACUUAUUUUACAUUAUUUGGGUUUAGAUCAUAUUGGUCAUUUUGCUGGAAGUAAAAAUUCUUAUAUUGAUGAAAAAUUAAUAGAAAUGGAUCAUACUUUAUCAUAUAUCUAUCAGAAGUUAAAAGAAACAGAUUUACUAUUGUUAACAGGCGAUCAUGGUAUGGCUGAUCAAGGAGGACACGGUGGAGCAUCAUACGAAGAAAGUCAUGUGCCCGCUGUAUUCAUUAGUCCACAAUUUGACAGAUAUGAAAAAUUAUUACUACAAGAUGAAUCCAAAAUUUGGUUACAAAUCGAUUUGACUCCUACUUUAUGUUCAUUAUUUCAUCUACCAGUUCCAUCAAAUAAUUUAGGAAUUCUAAUUAAACCUCUCAUCGACAUAUUCUUCAAUCAAAACAUGAAAACAUGUCUUAUUAACGAUAACCAACGACAACUAAGUUUAAUCAUUAAUAAAUACAGUGAUGAUGUACAACAAGAUAACAUUCAAGCAUUAUCUGCCUAUGAUUUAUUAAAGAAAAUUCGCGAUAAAGCUAUACAGACAUCCAGUCAACAAACUAUCCAACAAUUAUUAUUAGGAAUGGCAUUAUUUUGGUGUAGUACUAUUGCUUUAAUAAUUAUUCACUUUAUAGAAAUUAAAGAUUUUUCUAUAUUAAUUCACUCAUUAUCAAUUUAUAUUGGCUCAUGUUUAUUUAUUUUUUAUUUACUAUUAUUGAGUGACAAGAGUAUUAGUUCCAUUGUAAUUCAUUCAUCGUCAUUUAUUGGCCUCUAUUUAUGUUUUGAAUUUAUUCGAAAUAGUAUCAUCGUUAUUAAAACAUUGAGAAUAAAUAAUCGUCAAAUGAAAAAUACAAAUAAAACUCACUCAAAGCUUAGAAUGCUGUCUAGCUAUUGGUUGUUCUAUUAUCCAUCGUUACAUCUAUUAUCAUUAUUAUCAAGUAGUUUUAUUGAAGAAGAACAUCAACUUUGGUAUUUAUUCAUUCAAACAUUCUUGAUACUUGCAUUACGAGAUAUUUGUGUACAAUUAUCUUCCAAUAAGCGUAACAUUAUUUUAAUGCUGAUUACAAUAACAUUUAUAUUUCGUUUACUUCGUUCAUGGAAUCAAACGGGAAAUAAAUGGUUGACACAACCGGACAUAGGAGAUUAUUUAAAUAGGUUCGUUUUUAUACAAAUAUUUAAUAGUCUUUGA